UUGGAUAUGAAGAUUGCUGUGAACUCUAUACUGGUGGUCCUACUUGCCUGCUUAUUACUUACACUACAGGGGCAAGUAGCUACCAACUUUCUAGACAGGUCCUGUAUUCCGAUUAAGGUUGACUUACGGUUAGGUGGGGGUCAUGAUGCCUCUACAAACAGCGCUCCCUGGAUGGCCGCGAUCAUAGCUGAGGAUGGUUUCAAGUGCGGCGGCUCACUGAUUACAAAUCGUUUUGUCCUGACGGCAGCGCAUUGCACGGGAAGCGGCCACUUAGUGGUACGAUUGGGCGAAAAUAGGCUAUCAACAUUGCUAAAUUGUACAGGCUCGAAGUGCCCAAUUCUAGGUGAACAGUUUACUGUCGAUGCAACAUAUAUCCACAGUGAAUAUUCAGCGGAGAGACACGACAUAUCUCUGUUGAGAUUGGCCACCAGAGUGCAGUUUACGAAGCACAUUAGACCGAUUUGUUUGCUCCUGGACCCACUUUUCAGAAACCUGGACGACCACAUCAUCAAGUUUAGAAUCUCCGGAUGGGGUCUGACCCAAUCAACAGAACAUAGAUACAGUCACGUGCUACAUACAACUUCGCUCUAUAAUAUCGGCCGAUCGAACUGUUACCGGCAAUAUCCGAAUAAUGUGAUCAGUAGAGAUCACAUCUGCGCUGGACGUGCUAGCGUCAGCGUAUGCAACGGAGAUUCCGGAGGUCCUCUGACCGCCAGGGUUAGAUAUGAUCACGAAGAUACUACAAUUCUGUUCGGAAUUGUCAGCUUUGGACACACUGACUGCAGCAAGGCCACUGUUUUCACUAAUGUUAUGGCCCAUUUGAAAUGGAUCGUGAAUACUGUUCGGAGAGAAGAGUAUUCUCAAAUUCGUAUGUUAAGUUAAAUUAAUUUGCAUGUUUUUUUUUACUUCUUAGAACCUCAAAACUUAUUUAAUUAAUUAAGACGUUAUCACAUUUUGAUUUAAAUUAAGGACAAUGGGCAAUUCUCUAAUUUCGAAUGCGACAUACUACGCGUUCGAAUUGAAAAAAACAUUUGCGAUACCUUAACGUUAUUUUUAUACAAGGCGAA